GAUUUGGCGUCACCACCCUCCACUCUCGAAUUCAUGACUCCGCGUUUCUUCCCGAAGACGGUCUCGUCUGGUCAAGAGUGGGGAAACAGCCACCGUUUACUCAUGGGAGUGUGUUUAUGAAGGGACAGUUUACCACAUGUAUUUUACCGUCUGGCCGAGUCCUGCGUGUCGGAGCUGUCGCGGAGCUGGAGCUGAAAACCAGCGCGGUGUCCCUGUUGUUACCCAGCGUCGGCCAACAUGGCUGAGGAUGACAGCGAGUGGAUUGUAGAGAGCAUUGUUGGCUACCUGGGAAGUCCUGAAUGGGUCAUUCCCGUCACGGACUUUAUGGAAAAUAAAUGCACAGUUUUUGACGAGGAAGAUGAAAAUAAAUUGUCGUACACGGAGAUCCACCAGCAGUAUAAGAAACUGGUGGAGAAGCUGUUAGAGAAUUACAUGCAGGAUGUUGGGAUUAACGAGCAGCAGUUUCUAGAUGCAUGCACAUCUCCCUUUGCCAAGUCCCAAACUCUGCAGUCUGUGUUCCAGCCAGUUCUGGCAACGGAUGACUUCCAGAUGUUUCGCUCGCUGAUGGUUCAGAAGAACAUGGAGCUACAGCUUCAAGCCCUCAGGGUCAUGAAAGAAAGUAAUGGAUCCCUCCCAGAGUGUCUGACUGAUGGAGUUGACAUGAUGACGGAGCUACAGCAGCAAGAGAUGAAAAUCCUGGAGGAGGUUCUCAGAAAGUCAAAAAUGGAAUAUGAUGAAGAAAUGUCCCGGAGGCUGCUCUUCGAGGAGGAGGUGGGUUCCACCUCCAGCUGCUGCUCUGAUAAGCCGGUGGCAGAAAGUGAAAAAGCCCAGAACACCACACCGGCGCCCAUUAGCACUCCCAAGGUCAAAAGCAGCCCGGGCAGAAACGAGGACAGCAAAGCAGCUUCCACAGGGGGGGGGAAAGAGAAGAGUGCAGCGAAGAGCGGCGACGCCCCCACACCCAAACCAGACUCUGGCAAAAACAGCGUUCUUCCGGCCGUGAGGCCUCCAGCUAGGUCCGGCGAGCCCAGCUCUCACCUGAGGGAGCAGAGCGGCGGCCGGGCUGCAGCUCAGGCCGAUCUGGAGGAGGCGCACAGGGAGGCGGGCUUCUCCGAGCCGUACACCCAUUUGUCGGCCUCACAGCAGGAGCAGCUCCAGCAGAGGGCGGCGUAUCUCCGGGAGCAGCGCGACAAGCUGCACGCUCUGAGGAAGGAGCAGAAAAGCAAGCAGACGCCGGCACCAGAGGAGGUUCCAGCCAACCCCGCUCCAGCACCCUCCACCACCCAGGAGAUAUCAGCUGAGGAGAAGAAGAGGCUGGAGAAGAGAAAACACCUAGCCGACAAGCUGAAAGAAGAAGUGAUCAAGAAAUAACUUCCCCUCCGAACUGAACAUUCCUGUUACUCCCUCUCUAUUCCCAUAAUCAAAGGCAUGCUUCCUUUACUCAUACCACAAAUAAGAAGAGGCACAUCUUUUAGCACUUGGAUGUGAACACCAUUGAGGCUUUUUUGGAUCCGGUGGCUGACAAAACAUUCAGAAAAGAUCAAGUGUAUUGAAAGCCCAUAGAUGAGUCUGGGGAUUAGAUGGGUUUACGUCUGACGCUGUUAUACUUCCAGUUUAUGUCUCAGCAUCAGCUUUUCACGAGGGCAAAAGUGUUCACUACACAUUAAUUUUAGUGGCAAAUAUGGAGUUUUUCAAUUCCAGGUAAUAAUGUUUCACUCAAACUCACUCACAUAAUCGAAAGAGAAAAGAUAAAAAAUAAAAAGUGCUUAGAUCAACCGUUUCAUAUGUACUGGAGUUUGGGGACAGCCAGGGCGGCAUUUCUCUGAAGACAGAAAUGUGUGAGGAGCAGCUAGUCCGGGUCUCAGUGGUUUGACUGAAGGGGUCUAAUGUUACGGCGGAGUACUCUUAGCUGGGAUAUAUGCACGUCUUGCUUUUUACUGUUAUUUGCAAUCCCAAAGGGAAGACACUGGUACCUCUCUCACUGUAGCACCUCACACUUGUUUAGAGGAAGAUGUAUUCUAAAGAAAAAAAACUAAACGUGUUUGUAAAGGGGCCAAGAGAACUGUGUGUUGCUUUCCACGAGGAGCGCAGUAUUUAUCUUCAAAGCAAUUGACAGUCUUCACUUAAAGCAAUCAAGAUGCACCGGUUUAUAUAAAUAUAUGAAUUAUUGUUCUGAAUGUUGUUUAAUAAAAUCACAUUUUAUAGAAA